CACCUCUAGUGUGGGGUAGCAUACCGCCUUCGACAACCGUCGUCGCUACUGGUAUGGGAUAGAAUACCGACCUCGACAACUGUGUAAUGACUGGACGAAGCGGUGGUCAAUCUGGGGUGGUAGAACGUCACACCGACCCCCUGAAUGUGGUGAUGCGCGAGCCGGGUCGACUAUCUGAGAUGACAGUAACGUCAUCGUUAACCUCCGCCCAGCACCUCCCCGACAAGGUGGUGGAUGUGCCCAAGGAUACGAUCAAGAACUUCGCCCACACCAAGAAGGUCGGGAACUACCUGCUGGGCAAGACGCUUGGGGAGGGAUCGUUCGCCAAGGUCAAGGAGGCUCUACACAUCCCCACGGGAGAGAAGGUGGCAAUAAAGGUUAUAGACAAAAAACGAGCGAAAAGCGACACCUAUGUGCGGAAGAAUCUGCGCCGGGAGGGGAGACUACUGCAGAUGGUCCGUCACCAAAACGUCGUGCAGCUCCUUGAGAUCAUGGAGACAGAGAACAGCUACUAUCUCGUCACGGAGCUCUGUCAGCACGGAGAUCUCAUGGACUACAUCUGCAAGCGGAAGAAGUUAGAAGAAAAAGAAGUGCGCCGAUAUAUACGCCAGAUUGUCUCAGCUGUAGACUAUUUACAUCGCGCAGGGAUACUGCAUAGAGAUCUCAAAAUAGAAAACUUGCUCCUUGAUGAAACCAAAGAUAUCAAGAUCAUCGAUUUCGGUCUGAGCAACUCCAUCAAGGUGAUAACUACUGCUGACGGAACCACAGCUCAGGAGUAUUGUGUCACACAGUGCGGAAGUCCUGCGUACGCAGCACCGGAACUACUAAGUCACCGGAAAUACGGGCCUCAGGUUGACGUUUGGAGCAUUGGGGUUAAUAUGUACGCUAUGCUGACCGGAAGUCUGCCCUUCACUGUAGAACCGUUCAACAUCAAGACGUUGCAUGACAAGAUGGUCAAGGGCAACAUGAACCCUAUACCGGAAACCCUGUCGAGAGAGUGUCGGGAUCUGAUCCGGAAGUUCUUGACGCCAGACCCGAACAAGAGGAUCACGCUACUGGACGCCAUGCGGCACCCGUGGCUGACGGAAGGAAAAAAUAAAUCGUUAGAUCGUCCUCCUUUCCCGAACAGGAUCAAGGCGGACGCUAUCGACGCCAGUAUCCUCAAGCAUAUGAGUGAGCAACUGGGCUUCAGAGUUGGAGAAAUCAUCAGAUUCGUGACCGGAAAUGUACCCAGUUCUGCCAACGCCACCUACCAGAUGUUUAGCCGGAAGUUGUGUCGGUAUCAGGCAGACCUUAGAGUCAAGGGCAAGGUCCCUCACAUCGACGGCAGGCUAAUGGAACCAACCAAAAUAUCGCUUGUAUUUCAGGAAUUACCUCCACGCAAUACGUCAACGACAGUGCCCAUAAACGCGAAACUCAUACGUCGUGGACAAGAUGAAGAUGACGCUGACAUGUCUCCGAGGGUAGUGACGGUGACUCGACAGCCUCAUCUGGACAACGACAGUCGAGUCGGCAACGGAGACGACAACGUCGAGAAUGAAGAAGGUUACAAGGAGGCGUGGUCAAGGCGGGAGGCUGUGAAGGUUGCCCAAUCAGCUCCCACCUCCCCUCUGUCCAAGCACCACACACACCCGCAGCCAUCUGACAAGCGACCAAUCGGAAGCCCCGACUCAGCACGACGACAACGUUUGCCGAAAGGAUUUCACAAAUAUGCUCGAAUUCACACCAAUAAGUGUUCUGAACUGCGUGCAAAGACCUCGGAAUGUCCUAACAAAGGAAAAAUAUCAGAAAAGGCACCUAGUCGACAAGGUUCGUUUGAACAAGCAGACGGGUCAAAGUCAUCAGACGACAACACAACGGGGUUGUUAAAGACACGUGACAACCAUGGACGCGUGUUUUUCCACAUGGGGAAACGUUUCCACCCGGCCCGAGCCCCAGUGGUGUCAUCAAGUCUGAACGUCCAAGACAAGCCAGCAUCCCCUUCCCCUGCACAUACCCCCCUCAUCUCCACCCCCACCUCCAGAGCCAACUCAAACCUGAGCAUAGACCUCAGGCCAGGGAAUGUCCGCAAAACAAUCAGUCACGGGCUGAACAACAGAGACUCAUCUUCUAGAGAGGCACCUUCCACAAAAGACACACCCCAGUCGGGGGAACGAGCCGUUCACCCUGGGAGAAAACAUGUGCCCCCUAGGAGGAUUCUGAAGAGAGUCCAAACUGACCGGAAGAUCUCUGCUACGGACAGUGAUGCCACGUCGACCCUGGGGUCACGUCAGGCCAGCUCCGUCAGCACCGUCCAGUCGAGAGACUCCAACCAUGUGUUACCAUCAUUAUCUAGAACUAUACGAAAUCAUUAACGUGGGAUAUGUGCAUCGAGAUAACGCAUGUGGCUAGUUCCGGCAAAAUGCUCAAUAUGUUUUUCUUUCAUUUUGGACGACGACGUUGAAGUGCUGUCACUGACGUUAGACAUUAUUUCUGUCCCUCACACAAAACUCACGGUCUGCGUACAGCGCCCCUAGAGGUCAAGGUCAGCUGUGUCAGGCACAAAGCAUGCCAUACACCGAUAUCUUGUAAAGAGUAGACUGUCACGGAAAGUCAAGGUCCAGUUGGUCACGAAAUAAGGUGAUCCAAGGCUCACAAUCCGGAUAUCACAUUGUCGUUUUAGUUCAACGUCACUCGGUUAAAAGAGAGUUCAAGGAAACUUAUCUUUCCUGUUAAGUUAAGUUAUCACGUGAUGUAUAAGAGUUGUCAAUAUGGUUGUCCAGAGGUCCGAUUUUCGCACAUUUUUCGAUGCUCCGUACGGACCAUAGCACCAGAUGGAGUGAACGCCGAUCAUGAACUAUAUACGCAUCUGUAGCGCGUUACUGGGACGUCUUGCGUCUGUCUGCAGGUGUGGUGGUACCUAAAGACAACACUGUUGAUGUCAGAUAGAACUCAAGUCUGGUACCGGAACAAUCAGCGACAUUCAGGGAGGGAAUAUUGUCGAAUUAUGCUAAAUUGGCGCUUGACAAAGGAUGAAAUGUUCGGCUUUAUUGUAAAAACUACAUAUUUCGUACUUUGAAAGACUUUGUUAGUGCGUCCAGUUCAUAUGUUUUUAAAUCCCCAUAGUAUUAAAUGACGUCGCAUAGACACCAAAGUUCAACACCGGGUAUUAACAUAAUGUAUGGUUCUCAAAGCUUUCGUGGAACCGGAAAUAUGAUUUAUUAAUUACCCAUAUUGUAAAGUAGGUGAACCCUUGCCAAGUGAAACUAUUAUCAGAACCGUCCAAGCAUGAAGUCAUUAUGAGCGCCAUGUUUAGUGUUAUUGCUCCUCGUGAACGUUACAAGACAAGGAGCAGAUACUAUACGCAUGCAGCAAUAAAUCUGACGUACUGUUACUGUUGAAUGACCAAAUAAAUGAUACAGUCUCCU